ACCAUAGUACAGAUUUCUACAUAAGGGUGUAUUCGCCUUUCCUACUCUCUAUCUCAGAACGGUUCUCUCUUUGAAUUGCGCUCUCCUAAAUAUCCUCAUAAUGUCAUCGGACAAUCCUCUCAUAGACAGCGCCCCUCUAGCAAAGGAGAAAGAAACCCUCAAGAGCUCUGCGGUUUCAAUUAGCUCUACCGAAACUGCGGAGACGCUGAUCAAUACCCCAGGCUCAUUCAUACCCGGUCGCUCUCUACUCAUUGACGCUCGUGGAAAGGCACUUCUGCGUCUACCCACCCCACCCUCACAACUCGAAAUCCACAUUCAUAACCCAGAUGGGUCGCUCGCAUACGUAUCCACACGCAAGAAACGCUUCUCGGGAAAUUCGACUCUCUCAUCGCCCGAGCGCGGCGAAAUAAUAUUCACCGAAUAUUUUUGCGGCCCCAGUAGGGAACCUAUCAUUCAUCUUCUAAAUGCGUCUGAGAAAUCUUCUCCGCAGAUGAAAGCCCAAGGGAAAUACACGUCCCGAACGACGAACUUCUCUGCACCGGAUGGGUCCGCCUUCGAAUGGAGGUAUGUAAAGGAACGUGGCCCAGAUGGGAAGAAGGAAAAAUUUGUUGUGCUGGAGAAGCUGGAAGUUGCCGGCCGCAGAAGAGUCGCACACCUGCUGCGGAAUAAACAGACAAUGCCACCUAAGACGUCAAGGUGUACAGCAGGGAACGGUGGAGAGCUUGUAUUUGAUCAACAUGCAUCCGAAAUGAUAGAUGAAGCGUUGAUUGUGGCUACUUGUCUGCUGAUGCUGAAGAAGGAGACUGAUCGCCAGAGGGCUUUGCAGGCAUUUGUGCUCUUCGCUGGUGUUGCUGGUUCAUAAGUUUCGCCUUCAUCCUCAUAGAUUGUUCUUUUGUUCUCCCUUCCUGCUCGAUUUUCUUAUUGAUUUCUUGCAUAUCCAAGCAUUUUGCCGCUAAGUUUAAGAUGCGAUCUGUUAAAUAGUUGGGGAUCAUAUCUGGGUGCAUCAAAACAUAAAUUGGUAAACUGUAUGGUGUCUUAUAGUAAAUAGGGUGCGAUCAUAUCCUGCUGCUUCCAACAUCCUCUGUUCAAACAAUUUCGCUUGCUUAAAUGAAACAAAUUCGACGACCUUAAAAAUCCAAAAUAGUUUGACACUCAAUGACACAUGGAACCUCCCAAAAAAUAUCGAUCUCUCCAUUCAAACUUGGGGGUAGUUUUAAGUCCAGUUUUUUCAGUGACACCCACAACCGGACUCUUCUGAAUCAGAAAAUGUCCAAGCCGAGAGAGGGAGCCAAUAUCUUCAAGCCCGUUCAUCACAUUCAAUCACAUCCGUAAUGCGUUUUCACAUAACGAUACAGACGAAGCAAUCGCAAUCUUCAUCACCACAACCGCAACUAAAGCAGGGUUUGGUGGUUCCCUUGACGGGCUUGGUAAUGGUCGAUGUAGCAGAGCUGGAGGAAGUGGGAAGAGUGUGGUUGACGAGUUGAGAGCCGGUGGUUGAGGCCAUUGUUUCAGGAUUUUUGUGUAGGGCGCGGGUUCUAUGUCGCGGUGUAGGUUUAAGGAUAGAAUUUUUGGCUGGAGUGCUUUCCUG